UCCCAACCUCUCCUUUCAUCGGUCGCCCGUCUUGCUUCCCCUUCUCUUUUUCGCCACAUCUUUGUGGGUCCUUGUUGCACAUCUUGUGCUUUGACAAGUGGUUUACGAUCUGUCGUUGGGUGUGGUCUCUUGUUUUUUCACCAGGAGGCCCAAAGCAGCCGACAACCCCAUUGUCUUUUUCUCACUUCCCUUUCACGGUCUGCUUUGCUGGUCCGCGCGUCGAGACUUCUCGCCGAAUCUGAGACCCUCUUACAACCGAGGUCAGGUCCUCGCGGCUGGCGCAUAACGAUCGAUCUUUUCGCAUAUCAAAAACGGUUUUGUAUCUGGUGGUUUUCAAUCCCUGUCACUGUUUGACCGCGGCCGUUUCCGACCACCGUCGAACGGAUGAGCCCUUAAGUCGAGGCGACACCAAGAAGAAACAUCAUGUCGUUCGGAUUCGGUGGAUUCGGACAACAGAAUACCCAGGGCUCCGGCUUUGGAACGGGUUCUGGCUUCGGAGGUACCAGCUCCGGUGGAGGCUUUGGAGCAGGCGCGCAGAACCAAUCGAACUCCAUGUUUGGAGGCCAAAAUCGGACCCCAGGGUUCGGUGCAUCAACGAGUAGCAGCCCCUUUGGAAGCAGCACGGCUACUGCCGGCGGCGGUGGAUUUGGUGCUGGCAGUGCUGGCAGUGGUGGCUUCGGAGCAGGAAACACUGGUGGGGCUUUUGGCGGCUCCGGAGGUGGAAUGUUUGGUGCCAACAAGACUGGCACCGGUUUUGGCGGCGCAACUGGUACCGGCGGAUUUGGCGCCGGCGCCAGCACCCCCGCCAGCACCGGUAGCGGCUUCGGAGGUGGUGGUGCGGGUUUUGGCGGCGCGACCGGUACCGCUUUCAACCAGGCGGUUCCUCCCUCGGAGGGUACCGGGGGGACCCCUUUCAGCCCCUUCACCGAGAAAGAUGGCUCCUCGAGCGUGACCAACCACUACCAGAGCAUCAGCUUCAUGCAACCGUACAGCAAGUAUUCCUUCGAGGAACUUCGAGUGGCCGAUUACAGCCAGGGUCGCAGAUUUGGGAACGGCAGUGGACAGGCCGGGGCCUUUGGAACCUCUGCCUUUGGCAGUAGUGCCGGGACGGGCUUUGGCCAGCAGCAGCCGUCCACCACAGGCUUUGGAAGCACUCCGUCGGCUUUCGGCGCGAGCACCAGCGCCCCAUCCGGCUUUGGCCAGACCACCCAAACCGCUGGUGGCUUUGGAUCGACUCCCUCCAACCCCUUGUUCGGGGCCAAUAAGCCGGCCACGUCCCUGUUCGGAGGUGGAAGUACCGCAGCUCCUGCUCAACCCAGCGGAGGCCUGUUCGGCGGCGGCGCUGGUGCUACGGGGACGACCGGCGGGUUUGGAAACACGGGAACCACCGGUGGGUUUGGCGCCGGAGCCACAGGGGGCAGCUCGCUCUUUGGCGGUGCCAACCAACAACAGAACAAGCCUCUCUUUGGCGGUGGCGCCUCGACCGGCUCGACAGGAACCGGGCUGGGCGGCUUCGGGCAACAGAACACCGGCACUUCAUCCUCCCUCUUUGGCGGCGGCGCAGCCUCGUCCUCUCCCUUUGGCGGCGGCCAGCAGCAGCAGCAGCCGCAGCAGACCGGAACGACGGGCUUUGGCGGGUUUGGGCAACAGAAUCAGGCCCAGACCCAGGCCCAGCCACAGAACAAAGGCCUGUUCGGUGGCGGUGGUCUUGGCGCCGGCACCCAACAACCGUCGACCACCCCGAGCCUGUUCGGCGGCGGUGCUGGCUCGACGGGUUCCUCGCUCUUCGGACAGAAUAACCAGCAGCCGCAGCAGCAGCAACAGCCGGCGGCGGGUAGCUCGCUCUUCGGCGGGGGCGCCAACCAGCAGUCUGGAACCAGCUCUCUCUUUGGCGGCGGAGCCCAACCGCAGCAGCCGGCUCAGAAGAGCCUUUUCGGCGGCGGCGCGGCGACGGGUACCAACACGGGUUUCGGGGGUGCUUUCGGAAGCACACCAAACCAACAGGCUGGAGCCGGUGGAGGCCUGUUCGGUGGGACUCAGCCUCAGCAGCAACAGAAGCCGAGUCUGUUCGGCGGCUCCACGGGCACUGGUGGCUCUCUUUUCGGCGGCUCCAGCGCGCCGGCUCAGAACACGGGGUCGUCCCUCUUCGGCAACCAGAGCCAACCUGCUCAAGCUGGUGGUGGCCUGGGCACCUCGAGCCUUUUCGGCAACACCCAGGCGCAGCCGCAGCAAGCGCAGCAACCCCAGCAGCCCGCGCCGGGCAGUUUGCAGGCCUCCAUCCUGGACGCGAACCCGUACGGCAACCAGUCCAUCUUCUCCGGGCUGCCCGCCCCCAGCGCACAGAGCCCGGGCCCGUUGGCGACGCCGCUCUCCUCGACCAACAAGCAGAAACAGCGGACCCCCUUGCCCGUGCACAAGAUCACCCCGAGCGCGGCCAACCGCCUCAUCACCCCGCCCAAACGCCAAGGCUACGGGUUCAGCUACUCCACCUACGGAUCCCCCUCCAGCAACGCCAGUACCCCCAAUGGCCUCGGCAGUGGUCUGCUGGCCGCCAACAGCAUGCGCGGAAGCCUGGGCGGCAGUAUGGGACGCGGCAGUUUCAGCAAGAGCUUCUCAACGAGCAAUCUGCGCAAGACCUUCGAUCCGGAGACCGAUAGUGUUCUGUCGCCCGGGGCGCUUUCCAGCGGUCCUUCCCGUCUGCCGAGUGGGAACUUGAAGCGUCUGACCAUUGACCGCAGCUUGCGUAAUGACCUCUUCUCGCGCCCCGCCAGCACCUCGACCGCGCCCAUCACCAACGGUGACGAAUCCAUCGCGCCGGGCGACAAGAUGAAGAAGAAGGUCAGCUUCGAGGCUCCGUCUCCUUCGGACACGGCGAGCGAUUCCGAGAUCGUGCCGAUUCAAGCGUCCAGUUCCGAGCCCACCCCUGAGGAGUUGGGUUUCUUGCGCUCGAUCCGCAAAAGCGGCACCAUCAACGGCAUCAGCAACAUCAACGGCGCCAAGCAGACCCCGGACAGUGUGAUUCGUCCCGACAUCGAACCCCUCCGCACGGAUCUUGCCUCGGUGCCCGAAGAUGCCGAACAGGCGGCGUCUGCGGACGGUCCCACCCGACUGGCCUUUAUCCCUAGUGGUGACCCCAAGCCCGGCGACUAUUGGAUGAAGCCCUCGCGGGCCGAGAUCGCCAAGAUGCCCCGGGACCAGCAGAAGCGGAUGGUAGGACUGACGGUGGGUCGCGAGCGAUGUGGGCAGGUGACCUUCGACGAGCCCGUCGACCUGACGACCAUCGAUCUGGACCAGAUCUUCGGCGGCCUGGUGGAGAUUGGCGUGCGCAAGAUCACCGUGUAUCCUGACGAGUCGAUGAAACCCCAGAGGGGCAAAGGCCUGAACGUGCCGUCCACCCUCCGCAUCGAGAAUUCGUGGCCGCGCGGCCGCGACAAGAAGGCGCCCUCUCCGGUGACCAGUGGUCCCCUCUUCGACAAACACAUCGACCGACUGCGUAAAGUGCACAACGCCGAAUUCGUUGACUACGAGAUGGAAAAGGGCACUUGGGUGUUCCGCGUCCCUCACUUCACGACCUAUGGCCUGGACUAUGACAGCGAUGAAGACGAAGAAGGUGAGGGCCUUGACCAAAGCACUUUGAGUGCUGCUCCUGACACACCGACUCCGAAGGCUCAAUCCCCGUUUGCCAACACCGUGGGCUCGGAGCAGACCACCUUCUCCACUGACGACUCCUUCGUCGGGUCGAUCGCCGGCGUCGAGGACGACACAUUCGACUUCAAGAAGCGGAAGCUGGUCCCCGGCGCGUUCGGCAAUCAGGCCAUGGAGGUGAUGGCCGACGAGCGGUCUUUUUCGGAGGAGGGCACCGAGUCUUUUUUAGGGGACGGCUCCACGGGUUCAACAACUGAGCAGGAUGGCGACGACGACGUCACCGAGAGCCAGCAGUCUGGCGAUUCAGAAGUUGAAUUGGACGAUGGCGAGGAAAUGGAGAUGGCAGGCACCUUUCCCGACCUACGUCCCACCGUGGAGCGCGACGAUAUCACCAACAGCGCCGACAGUUUCUACGAGCACUCGCAGCCGUCCUUGAAACCCUGGAACACGCCCCCCAAGACCCGGCUCGACCUGACUGGCGACUGGGCCGAGCAUUUGCAACGCACCAUCAGUCCUCGGAAGCAGGACCGCGCUGCCUUGCGCGAGAUCCAGGCCAACGCAUUCAAUGACCGGCCGUUGCAGGAUGACACACCCAAGGGUUCCGAUGCCGAUGCGCGGCAGCAGAAGGGCUUUGCGACCAGUAUUGAUUUGAUGAACUCUUUGUUUCAGCAGCCCCGGAAACAAACGGCCCCGUCUCCGUUGAAGCCGCCGAGUGCUGGCCCUAAAGGCUUUGAGUGGCCCUACAACAAACGACCCAAAACUUAUGCUGGCGAGUCUAAUGAACUGAGCGGAGACGACCUGGCUUUUCAUCAUUCGUUCAAACCCCGCUGGGGCCCGGUGGAUUCGAUGAUUUGUGUUAAAAGUGGGUGGGGCGGUGUCCAGUCAGGGGAUGACCGGUGGAAGUCCAAGUUAUCGGUGACAAGUGAGGAGAGAGAGAUCGUUCUGCUGGAAUUCCAUCCGCGAGGGGACGUGAACACGAUGAUCGACGUGCAACGGCAACAGUCGGCCAUCCGCCGCGUGGAUGGGAUGCCCUUGGCUCGUCUGACCAGCCCCAACUUCCAGCAGUUCGCCCAGGCGGCAGCCACCCAACCGGACCAAGAGCGAUUGAUCUGGCAGUUGGCGAACGUUCUGUUCAACGACGAUAUCGAAGACGACAUCUCCGCGGCCGUGCCACCUCAGGUCCGGCCAAAGUUUCUUCCCCGCAUCAAAAAAGACCGACUCAGCCGCCUGCUCGAGGGGAUCAUCCGCGAGAAGCACGCUCGCGUCCUGGGCAAGGCGGGGUCGGCCGAAGAGCAGGCUGUGUACCUACUCUGCUCGCACCGGGUGGACGAGGCGUGUAACGUCCUGAUGACCAGCCAGAACCUCCACCUGGCGACGUUAGUCGCACAGAUCGGCCGCGACCGGACGACGCGCGCCGACAUGGCACAGCAGGUGGAAAUGUGGCGGCAGCACAACGUCUCCUCCGAAAUGACCGAGCCCAUGCGGGCCCUCUACGAACUGUUGGCCGGCAACGCACUCCGCAGCGAGGGCAAGUCCGGCGGAGCCCUGGAGGACCGUUCCUCGUCGUUUUCCAUCACGGAGCGGUUCGAGCUGGAUUGGUUCGAGGCGUUCGGCCUGCGCCUGUGGUACAGCAUCACCGAGGACGAGCCGAUCGAGGCCGCGGUGUCCAGUUACAUGCAGGACUUGACCAGCGGCGAGGAGACCGCCUUCCCCUACCCGCCCAACCAGACGCGCGCGGGCCGGGAAUCUCCCCUGUGGGUUCUUCUCAAGCUCUACGCUGGCACCAUCGGCGCGGCCCCGGGUCUGCCGGUGCAGGAGUUCCCCGCCGCCUUGAUGCCCGAAUGCGUGGGCGGCGACGCACUCUCCAGUGGCCUGUCUUUCCCGCUGUACCACCUGCUGUCGGCGACAGUGGGCCCGCACGACCGGUUCCUGGUCAAUCCCGAGCAGGCGGAUCGACUAGUCCGGGACUUCGCAUGGGAGCUCAGCUGCGCGGGCGAGCUGCAGCGGGCGGUGUUUGUUUUGCUGCACCUGUCCCGCCCGAUGGACCGGGAGCGCGGCGUGCGCGAGCUCUUGGCCCGCUUUGCCCCCCGGCUGCCCGAACCGGUCACGACCGCCGGGAUUUCGGAUUCCGCAUGGGACGGUUUGACCAAGGAGCUCCAUGUCCCCGAGGCGUGGCUCUGGGAGGCCAAGGCGCUGUCGGCACGAGACCAGGGCGACGCCGCCGGUGAGGUGGACUACCUGGUGCGGGCGAAAAACUGGACCGACGCCCACGCCACCUUCUGCCGGAUCGUGGGCCCAACCGCCGUGAUCGAGCAAGACUACGCGACUCUGGAACGACUGAUCUCAGGCUUCGGCGACGGACCCGAGAGCCAGGUACCCGGCUGGGCGCGCGGCGGCGGCGUCUACGAAGACUUUUUGCGACUGGUGACGGCGCGCGGCGGCGCCCGCGAGCGCUCGCGGUUGCAUCGACUGGUGCAGGCCUUGGGUGCGAUGGCCGAACGCAUGCAGGGGACGGGCGUGGAAGGAUUGGAGGAGCGUGUGGCUUUCAAAGAGAUGAGCCGACUGGUGGCGCAGUGGACGGCCCACGACGAGACGGCGGCGGAUCUCAGCUCAGCGGUGUUGCGGCUGCCCUUGACGGGUGAUGCGCGCCUUGUGCAGACGGCCGAGAUGAGCCGACGGUACUUUGGAGCGAUCAUGGCUGGGGCUUAUUGAUGGGGAUGAGAAUGAUGGAUGAUGUAUGGAUUGGUGGGAUAUUAUGGGACUGGGACUCUUGUGUGUUUAUUUCUUCUUUUCUUCUUGCUCUCUGUAUUCUUGCACUAGACGACGACCCAGAGUGUAUGCUAUGUACGCUAUUGACUUCUCCCCUUAAGGGAGGCUUUUCUCUUGAC